AUGGGCUUAUGGAUUCUCGACGACACGAAGUUGGACCAUGUUCCUGGUACCGCCUUUGUGCUCGACGACGAGGAUCGAAGUCGCAUGAUUCCCGCCGAUCCGAACCUGAAAUACGACCGCUCCGGCAAAACCCCCAUCAUUUUGGUGCCGCAGCCAUCUGACGAUCCCAAUGAUCCGCUGAAUUGGCCGUUGUGGCAGCGCGAUCUGAUCCUGUUCCUCCUCUCUCUGCUUUCGGUUAUUGCCAGUACUCUGUCGCCGGUGUUGGCCGCGAUCACCCUCAAACUCUCCCUACUUUCCGGUCGGACAUUCAACGAUGUGGCGCUGUUGACAGGAUGGCAUCUUCUAGGAGUCGGCGUCGCAGGUUUCCUGUUCGUGCCAUCCGCUCGAGUGUGGGGAAAGCGGCACUGCUACUUGAUCGGCUGCGUGUUUAUCAUCUUUAGUAGCGCCUGGGGUGGAGCAGCCGGGACCGACAACUUCGUCUCCCUGACCUGGGCUCGGGUCUUCCAAGGUGUCGGACUUGCUCCGUUCGAGGCUCUGGUCAAUGCAUCCGUCGGCGAUCUCUAUUUUGUUCACCAGCGCGCAAAACGGAUGGCGCUGUCCAAUCUGGCGCUUUUCGGGGGUGCCUUUUUUACGCCAGUCAUUGUCGGCCGAAUGGCCAAGGACAUGGGAUGGCCGUGGUGUUUUUACUUUGUGGCCAUCUUUUCAGGGGUCAUGCUUCCCAUCCUAAUACUCUUCAUCCCGGAAACGGCAUUCCGCCGGGACGCGAAACUGAACACGGACACGCAGGUCACACUCAUGGGACAGGCCCUGGUGAAUGACGCCGAUAUAGUGAUCGGGGACUCUAACACAAACCCGCAAGAUUCGGUACAUGACAGCAUGGAGAAGCCUUCCAAUGAGUCUUCCGCCGCCCCAGUCCCUGCGGCCGAAUCCACACUACACGGCCAACGAGACUCCUUUGUGAAACGCAUGAUGCCAUUUAACGGGCGAAAGACCGACGAAAACCUUUUCAAACUUUUGCUGCGACCCUUGCCGCUCUUUUUCCACCCGAGCAUUAUCUGGGCGUGUCUCAUUCAAGGGACGCUGAUCGGAUGGACCGUGUUUCUUGGAAUCGUGCUUGCGGCCAUCAUGCUGGGUCCCCCGUUGUUCUUCGACGAGGUCAAAACCGGGUAUAUGUACACGGGCGCGUUUAUCGGUGCCUUCUUCGGAUUCCUGAUCGCCGGAAUCGUCGGCGAUCUGGUUCCAGCGUGGAUGACCAAGAAGAACAAAGGCGUCUAUGAGCCAGAAUUCCGACUCGUGCUCGUUAUUCCGCAGUUGAUCCUGGGGUGCGCUGGUCUCUAUGGUUUCGGGGUUACGGCCAACAAUACAUGGAAAUAUGGUUGGGUCUUGCCGGACUUCUUCUUCGGUUUGGAAGUGGCUGGCAUGGUGAUCGGCGCUGUCGCGAGCGCUUUGUACAUUGUCGACGCCCAUCGCAACAUCUCGAUUGAGGGCUUCACGUGCAUGAUGGUGUUCAAGAAUGUGUUCAGUUUUGGUCUCACCUUCAGGGGCUACCAAUGGCUGGUAGAAUCCGGUAUCAAGCACAUAUUCGUGAUACUGGGAAGCGUUCAAGUCGCGGUGUGUGCUACAACAAUCCUCCUGUACAUCUUCGGAAAGAAAAACCGAAGCUUUUUUGCGCGAUAUGAUAUUUUGAAGAUGUUGAAUCUUUGGUAA